AUCUUUAAAAAGUCAACAACAUUUGUUCCAGGUCAAACCAUCUCUCUGAAAGCAUUCUUCUUCAGCUAAUCUUGUUCACGAUGAAUUGGAGGAGAAAGAAGAUCAAAGAAGCCACUGAACCACAAAGAUUGUUCAUGGAGAACGGAAGCAUCCUACUACAAGAGCUCGUCAAAUGUUGCAACGGUAAAACAAAUCCCAUCACAACUUAUUCUCCCGACCAGAUCCUUAAAACCACCAACAACUUCAACAAGAGCAAUCUUGUCGGAAAAGAUGAUUGUGAUUACCAUUACUACAGAGGAACACUCGAUAAUGAUGACAACAGACUAGUUAUGAUCAAGAAAAAAGCAUACGGAGGGCGUCAUGUAAGGAAGAUUUGCCGAGACAUAUCAGUUUCAUCAAUGGUGAGUGGUCACAAGAACUUCCUCAAGUUGUUGGGAUGCUGUCUCGAACUCACUUGUCCUGCCCUAGUGUGCGAAUAUGCAGAGAGCAUAACGGUGAACGCUCAUCACCAAAUCGAUCCAACACUGACGUGGAAUAAAAGGAUACAAAUAGCAAGAGACAUCUCAAACUCAUUAGCCUACCUCCACACCGCCUUUUCGACUACAUUCAUCCAUAGGAAUGUACAUCCUCGUAACGUAUUCUUGGAUGUCAAAGGGGUUGCAAAGCUAGGAGAUUUCCGCAACUGCGUUACCAUUCCACAAGGGGAGUCGUUUGUACGAGAGUAUAAGCUAGAGGGAACGUACGGGUACCUAGAUCCUAACUAUAUGUCAAAGGGAAUGAUCACAGAGAAUGUUGACGUCUACGGCUUUGGAGUGUUCAUGUUAGUUCUCUUGAGCAGAAGAACUCCAGGUUUGGACGAUGAGCUGCAUCCAGAUUUUCUGACUAGGUUGGUGGAAGAUGGUAGGUUCGUUGAGAUUUUAGAUCCAGUUAUGUUGGAAGGUGACUUUGGAGAAGGAGAGCUAUGUCGGAUGGAAGCUUUUUUCCUACUUUCACUCAAAUGUAUCGGUCUUAGAGGGGAAAUUCCGGAGAUGAUGGAAGUAUCCAAGGAACUAAAGAGGAUUGAGAGAUCCUAGACCAGCAAGUGUUAGGUAAUACAUUAAAUGUAUAACCUCUAAGUAAAAAAUGUUCUUAAGAGUCAGAAUCCACUAUGACACCAAAGAGUAGCUUGGAACACAUAUCUCAGUAGGAAAAUGACACCUGACCAACUAAUUCAAAUGGUGGAUAAGAUUGUUCGUAACAGGCUCUCCUCCAUCUGUGACAAGGCUCACUGAGGAGGUUUAACCAAAUGGUUUGCCACUCGAUAACUAUUCAAGGCUCAGCUUUUGAUUAGAUUUUAUUAAAAAUCUCUGUUCCAAUGUAACACAAAGUGUAAAACAGUUUUUUUGCUUGAAUUAAUUUAAUA